CCAGGGAGCAGGCGGCGGCGGCGGCUUCGGAGCCAUCGCGCCUGCCCGGCCGGUGGCGGAGCUCGGGCGGGGAGCGGCGGGUCUCCGGGCCGGGCGGGCCCCAUGGGCGGGUGUGUGGGCUCCCAUCACGACUCCUCGGGCAGCCUCAACGAGAACUCGGACGGCACCGGAGUUGCUUUAGGUCGUAAUCAGCCCCUGAAAAAAGAGAAACCAAAAUGGAAAAGCGAUUACCCAAUGACAGAUGGACAGCUGCGCAGUAAAAGAGAUGAGUUUUGGGACACAGCACCAGCUUUUGAAGGCCGCAAGGAGAUUUGGGAUGCUCUCAAGGCUGCUGCACAUGCGUUUGAGAGCAAUGAUCAUGAACUGGCACAAGCAAUCAUUGAUGGUGCAAACAUAACGCUACCACAUGGUGCUCUUACAGAGUGCUAUGAUGAACUGGGCAACAGAUACCAGCUUCCAGUCUACUGCCUGGCCCCACCUAUCAAUAUGAUAGAGGAGAAGGGAGACCUGGAGACUCUAGAUAUUCCCGAUCCACCACCCAAUUCUGGGCAUGAAUGCCAGCUUCGCUUGCGCCUCUCAACAGGCAAAGACCUCAAACUUAUGGUCCGCAGCAUGGACACGGUAUAUCACAUGAAGAGGCGACUGCAUACAGCGGAAGGAGUGGAGCCCAGCAGCCAGCGCUGGUUCUUCUCAGGCAGGCCGCUCGCAGACAAAAUGAAACUGGAGGAGCUGAAAAUCCCAAAGGAUUAUGUGGUGCAAGUCAUUGUGAGCCAGCCCUUAGCAAAUCCAACCCCAGUGGAAAACUGAUUCUGCUUGUUUAUUGAUUCUCCAUUCCUCCUCUUCUAUCACAUGGGAUUUAUUUUCUCUGCUCUUAUUUUUCCUGCUAAUGGAUUGGUUCCAAGAAAUGACUAGCAAAAAUUCCAUCUGUGAUGGAGAUCUGCAGAAACAAAACACAAAUGUAAACUGUCCCUUGGGGUUUGCCUGAUCUGAUAUUUUUUUAACACCACAAAAAGAAGCACAUGGCAAAUGCAGUGAAGGGUAUGUGUAAGGGGGAAGUCUGUCAUUUAAAUAAUAAAAACUUGUAAUAAUGCUUGGAACUGUAGGUGGAGCAUUGAUCCAUGGAGAAAGCACUUUUAAAAAAAAAAAAAAGAAAAAAAUUAAACCAAAUUGUAGUACUUCAUGAAAUCAGCACCACUUACAGUUCAUCCCAGAAGUGUAGCUGAUCUGGUAGGUCCACUUUGCUCAGUAUUUAUGAUGAUUGUUUCUGUUUUGGUUUAACUCAUGUGCUGUGUCAGAUUACUCCUGUGGCGUAGUGAAUCUCAUCCAGAGAGAGGUGGACUGAAGAACGGAUGUUUGUGUUGUGUUCUAUCAAUGCUGUGUUCCACCCCAAAUGUGGCUCUUCUUCAUGUUCAGACCAACCGGUUUUAGCACAUUCCAGGAUGGUGAUAAAUGGGCUUGUGCUAUUUUGAGGCUUCAGUGUUUGGUAAAUACUGCCUUCUGGAGCAUUAGGCAAUAAUUUAGGAAAUGUAUACACAUUUUAAUAAACCAUUCAUGUACUGUACUGUAAAGUUACUUGCUGCAAUGUUGACUUUUGCUGCAGUUUUCUGGCUGAUUGGCACCUGAGUAAUGUGCCUAGUAAAUUACUGUACCCUUCUCGAUCCUGUAAAACAGACAGUUAACAAAAGGUUAGCUAAUUACAAGAGGGACACUGAUAUGAGAUGAAAAAAAACCCAAACAAACAAAAAACGCACAACCUUUAUCAACUGACAUUGGUAUACUAGCCUAGAAUACUUCCAGAUAAAAUCACAAAGUUACACCCAAAUAUGAUUGAAUGCAAUUCUGACUUCUCAGAGGACACACUCUGUGGAAAAUUGUAGAAAGGAGAAUAUAAAGCACACUACAUUUGGUUGUUCAUAUCACUACCAGUAGAAACAGAGGCCAUUCCCUAAGUCUCAGUGUUGGAGGACAUGGUCACUUUCUAGUCUGCAGUUGUGGAAAUACGUUCACUGUAAUGCAUCAGGAGCCUAGAAUAUGGUCACUAGGUUUAAUAUCUGGCACAUUUCCUUCAGAAUGUAAAAGGAGCCUUUUUUUCUGGGAACAGACACCUCUGUUGCAGUGUGCUUUGGACAACAUUUAUGAUAGUUUUUCAUCUAACAAAAUUAAUUAAUAGGAUGAACAUAAUGUUGGAAAAAAAUGUAAUUAUUGAAUAGUUGUUACCAUGUUAAAAGAAACUGAUCUAGUUCCUUUGUUUGGAUGCUCUGCAUCUCUCUGAGUUUGGGAUACAGGGUAUAUCCUUCUCUGAAACUAUGUCCCUCAUUCCAUUUAUAAACACAAUUAUUUUUAGUUUUUCAGUCCUUGUGCACUCAAAUGACUUAAUUCCUACCAAACCUCUAUUUUGCCUAUUCAGACGUGGUUCACUAUAUUGCUCUUUCUAUCUUCCAUACCUAAAUCUAAAAUUGCCCAGAAUGGCUUUUAUUCCACUGAUAGUAGAGUCACUAUUUUAGGAUUGACACUUUUACAUUUGAAGUGAAGAGAGCUACUUUAAUUCUGUACAACUUAAUCGGGGGUUGUUCACUUGGCAAAUAACAGUGUAAAAUUGGAACUAGCACAGUUCACUUGAAAUUGCCAACUCAGGCUUUCCAUAUCGCUCUAACCUUUUUAUCUGUUCACUGGCUAGGUGGCGCUUUGAAUUUAGUACGCUAGUCUUUCACUUUUAAAAACUGACGUUCAUAUUUGAUACCACAUCACACAUGAGCAUGAGCUUUACUUUUAUCAUAGUUCCCAUGUUGUAUGUCACAAAACCACAAUGCUCCUUGGCACAAAUCACUGUCAGAUCUACUCAAGGUAGGUUGAAGCCUGGCAACACAGAAGUGCAAAGACAGAGUUGUAUGGAGGUAGCCAUGUCAUUUAGUGCCUCGUUUUUGUGAGCGCCAAAUUGACUGCUACAUUUUUUUGUGAAAAAGGCAAAUGUUAGACUUAAGCCCUGACUUGCACGAAGCCUUUGGAUUUUUUCACAAAGGGUGUAAAAUUCACAAGUCAGUAUUUUUAAGACAAAAUCCAGCUAAUCUGUAGUGAUUCUUUCACCACAUGUCUUUUGCAUCUCGAAGUGGGAAAUAAUACUGGAUUUCUGCACAACCACCUUAAAAAUCUCAUGGAUUUUUCACUGUUCAAAUGUGCCUGGUAAAACUAGAUUGUUUUAGAAAAUAAAUGUUAUACUUUAUCUAAGCAGCAAAUAAUCAUUUCAUAUCUGGAGCAGCAGGUCUUGUGAAACAUUGUAGAAAUUUUUCUUUUAAUCUGUUUUUAUGAUGGAGUUUCCCUCGAAUCAAUUCUGGAAGGGGGGAAAAGUUGCAGCUGUAAAGUAACAAAGCUGUAACUAAGAUGUUGGGAGUUACAAAAUCAUCAUUAUUCUUUUGUAGAAUGCAUUUUCAGAGAGUUUGAGGUAAUUUACUGAAUGUAAUUUUCGAUAUUACAGGUUUCUGACAAACAAUGUAAAUGCAUUUCCACACCUCCUUUGAAAAAGCAUCAACUGUAGUAUGUUGUGCUGUAACGUGUAACUUUUUUUUAUGUUAAGUAUUUUGAUGGGGACAGUGAGGAGAAUAAUGUCUAAGCAAUUUUUAAUUGGCCUUCAUGCGUGUAAAGGGGUGAGCAUUGCCGGAUUUGAUCACCAUGGGGCUGUAGCAUAGAAAACAUACUCUCCUUCCUAUCUCCCUUCCCAUAAGCACAAAUCUCAAUACCAAGCAGUCUGAUUGCAAAUCACUUUUUUUUUAAAAAGUGAAAAUGAAUAUUGGUCUCUUAUCCCCUUCUUGAGAAACUGACAAACCUAACCACACAACUUUAUAUUUGAAUAUAGAAGAUACAACUGGAAACAAAGAAAUUUCAUAAGAUCCAUGUUAAGGAAAAGGUUAAUGCUUCUAGCAAGGAGAUCAUUUCUGAAAAUAUGCAUAUAUGUGUGUUCAUGCUGAUGAAUAUAUUGUAUGUGGUUAUAUAUAUUCAGUGAAUACUAUACUUCCUUUUAUCUGUAAGAUGACCAGGUUUGGUAUUCCUACAAGACCCCUGGCUAUAAAAACAGAAAUGAACAGGACAAGAAUCUGCCCCCACAUGAAUUUAUGCAGUUCCACUGGACUUAGUGGGGAACUGUGUGCUUGCAUCCCAGAGCAGAAUUGGGGUGCAUGUGUAGCAUUAGGAAAUAGAUAGGCAUGGGACACCUUUGUGAGACAAGAAGGAGGAAAAGCAGAACUUUGUGGGUAGAUUUUGGAUCCCCAAAGUGUGACUAGUGAAGUUCUAAAUUGCAGCUUCUGGCCAUGCUGUUCUCACCUUGCAGUCAUAGUUUAAAAAAAAAAAAAAAUCCAGCCAGCUGCAGGACUGAAUUACUCCAAGCAGUUUCCAUUCAUCAUUUAAGAAAGUUAAGUAUGAGCACAUGGUGUUGUGUGCAUUUUUAUUGGAAUAUGUGUACUCAGAUUCAGUAUGGCCUUUGUGCUCCUGACAAGUUUCCUAUGUGGCCUUUAUUUGUUGUCUUAUAGAUUGGGCACCCCAAUUAAUGUGUAGUAUCACGUGGCUCAGUGUCCUCAGACAGGAGUAUACUAAUUGGGAGAUUUUUAUAAUGUGUACACAAGAGUUGACAUAAUCAGGUGAGGAGUAAUAGGAUAAAGUUUUCAUUAGAUCCCUAGGCCUUGUGUGUGUCACUCUUGAUUAACUUUGGCCAGGAAGUGAUUCCAGUAAAUUACGUUUUUACAUUCUUAUGUUAGUGACAGGUCUGUUUAACACAGAGCUUAAACUUUUGUGCUUAUUAUUGCAAAGGUUUUGCUUGUAUCUGACCCAGAAGUAAUGGACAGGCUAAACUCUAUACUCCCAGAAUAGCUUUAAAGGCAGAGGAUCACCAACACUACAUAUAGUCUGAUGUAGAAAAUUACCAGGAAUGGGACAUAUUGGAUGUGUAUUGCUAACUGUGUUACAGAGUAUUGUGUUUUACAAAAAGAACAAGUGAUCGCACUUUUCCAUAGUAUGUAACUUUGAAUUAUGUUUCCACUAUGUUGGCCCUUUGUGCAUUACAUUUUGUGAAUAUCAUCUACAGAAAACUCUAUUUGAGACAGUAAUAUUGAGAAAACACUUGACAUCCUACUUAAAACCAGCAGCCUCUACUUGUCUGUAUCUGGGAAAUAUUUGGAAAACUAAGUGAUGUGAAAGUGCAGUGUAAAUAGGGGAUUUUUUUAUAGCGAUUGGGUGGCUAAGGGCACCAUGUAAAAAUAAAACCACCUCCCUUUGCCUUUCCUACUAAAACAACUGAUUCAGCUUUUUGAGAGAAAAAGCUAUCAGGAUUAAUAUUUGUGACAAAGCAACACGUUCAGUUUACAUCAUGACAUUCAAUAAAGCGAAUGCCCUAUUAAUGAUAAAAUAUCGCUAUAAUAUCAGACAUGCUUCUGCAUACACAUGCAUUGUUAGUAAAUAUAUUUUUGUUAGUUUGAUGCAAUGGUGGGCUGCUUUUUAACCCAUGGAAUUUUGAAAGCAUUUCAGCUGCAUAAAUGUUGGCAAAUUAAAUGAGUGCUAUAAAUUUGUCCAUCACUAUUCUAUUCAUAAACGCAAAUGCUAAAGUUAAAUUUCUGAUUCUUGAUUUAUAUUUUGCAGAAUCUUUCAUACAUCAUUGUAAAUAUGUUGUUAAAGACCCUGCAUCUUAUGCAAAGAUGAUGUUUGGGUUUUUUAAAUCUUUUAUAAAGAACACAUCAGCUUUUUUCAUAAUCUGUCGACUUCACUUUAUAGAUGCGUGUCAAGUGUUUGAAAUGGAAAUAAUUUCCAUUAACUAAAAAAGUUUCCUUUGUUUUCCACCUGUCACUGGUUGUAGGCUUGCUCAUGAAUGUUGGACAUCAGACAUUCUUUUGGAAUAGAUUGUGUUUAAAAAGAGAGGUCUAAAGAACUUGCUUUGGGAAACUGGGUGAAUUCCAUGUACAUGGCAAACUUUUUUUUUUAAAAAGGAAGAAAUGUAUUUUGGGCCAAAUCCGUGCCCCUUAAAAUGUAUUUAAUAUCCCAGCUAGUCCAAUGACAAAACAAACUAUCUCUUCAACAACCGUGCUUCUCUCCUGUACCAAAAUAGAUAUCAUACUGUUGCAUUUGCAACUACAAAAUUGUCAGACAAUACAAAUCUGCCUGUUUAAAACUGCUUCAUUUUCAUAAAGCAUUUUUAAUUGCUUCAUUCUGCAGAUGGCUCUUCUCCUUUCACAUUUCAUCAGUUUCAACAAAUGCUCCCUAGUGGUGUGGAUGCCACUUACUGUUCGUAGGACAUGGUGGACCAUCCAUGAUAAAUCUAGGGCUAUGGUUCUCUUUCCAAGGGAGAAACAUAAUAGUGCAUAUGCCACUGAGCCUACAAAAGUCAAAUAGUUUGAAGAUGUGGGUUUUUUUAAAUCAGCUGAGCUUCUUACUAUGGACUUUGAAACUCUUAUUAAAUAUAGCCACUGGACUAUCCAUGAAGAAGUGUGUUCCUAUCCUUUUGAGGAGGGCCAUUUGUUGGGUAUCUAUCCAAUGGAAUGCUGUAUUUGUACAUUUAAGUAUGAAGACCAAUGAAUCAGAACCAUGUAGCAAAUUGAGAACUUAAAAUCCUGACUCUUGCCUUAAAUUUUGUUCACCUGGAACUCCAAAAAAUCCAGUUUUAUUACUUUUAAUCCUGUUUUUUUUUUCCCCUGUCAAUUUGAAUCUAGCCAAAGACUGGAGACAGUUUAAGGAAAUUUGAAGCAAAUAAAAUCUGUUGAUGUGGCUUUACUAAAGUAAUCAAAUGGUCUUAUAUCAAGGACCCUAUUUGUGCCUCUCUUCUCCAAGUCCAGGAAAUGUCUAGAAACUGGAGAUAUCUUGGAGCAAUGAGUGCAAUAUUGUGCACUAGUCAGUUGGAGAUGUGUAAGACACUUCAUUUUCACAUGUUAUGUGCAAGGGACUUAGGUUCAUAUCCUCUUUGCCUCAUGGUAGUGAUUUCCAAAGAUGGCUGGUACCAUCAAAUUUGUACUUCUUGAAAUAUCUUCUCUUUUAUGGUAAAUCUCUUUUGUACGCAGUUUGUGUGCCAUGUAUCAAAGAAAUAUUCAUAUUACGUAGGAUACGGUGCUAGAUAAUUUGGUACUGAUGCAGACAAAUAUGAUUUCAACAGCUAUUGAGAGAAGGAUGAGGGGAUUACAGUGAUGUGACUUUUUCCCCUCUUCCCCCCCCUCCCCGGUAACUUUUAUAAAAUUAAAUCUUUUAGCACUGAACACACCGGUUGUGUGAAACAUGCUUUUUCCUCCCUGGCUAGUUCAGUCCAAUGAUUAAUAUAGCCUAUCUGGAGAUGCUGUGAACAUUGAGUUACAUUUAGAUGUAUUGUAUAUUUUUAUGUUGUACCUCUGUUAUUUGGUUGACAUAUCACAGUAGUGUGCGCACAUAUUUUUUAAUCAAUUGCAAAGCACAAGUAGGUUGUCUUUAAACUUAAAUUAUGUGAAUUUUUUUACAUAGCUAGGCGUCUAUAACAUUGAGAGCAAAAUCUGAAUUUCUAUGAGUCAGAAACUCUGUACAAAACUUCUUGUAUUAAAAAAAAAAGCAAAGAAAA